AAGCCUGGUCCGAAGUUGAUCAGUCUGCUCAGAAAACUUAUCCGGAGGGAAAGUAUUAGAAUCGGUUUCAAAGGAGGAAAAAUCCAGGUUUUGUGCAAAGAAUUGCAUUGCAACCAGAGAGGACAUAACUUCUGUCAAUUAAGAGAAACAAUAUUGCAACCUGAAGUGUAGUCUUUGGUGAUAUUUUUACUUCUGUGAAUACUUUGAUUUGUAAAGAAUAUAUUUUUUCCGUUUAUUUUGACUGAAGUGUGCUGAGAGCACUCUCUCCAUUUGGAUGCGGACUGGUUUUUAGCUUUAUAAAUUGGAUAAUUUAACGCACGGGCAUUGCCUGUAAAUUGUAUUCACAUUUGGUGUUUAUCAAUUGCAAGACGAAUAUGUUUCUCAGUUUUUGUCUACUGCUGACAUUUGUCUUGGGGCUGACCGGGUCCUUUGGCUCAUAUGUACCAUGCGAGCCGUGCGACCAGAAGGCGCUCUCUAUGUGCCCCCCGGUCCCCGUCGGUUGUCAACUCGUGAAGGAGCCUGGCUGUGGUUGCUGCCUAACCUGUGCCCUAUCAGAAGGUCAGGCGUGCGGUGUUUACACCGGAACAUGCACCCAUGGCUUGCGCUGCUUGCCGCGGAAUGGAGAGGAGAAGCCCCUUCACGCGCUCCUUCAUGGCAGGGGGGUGUGCACGAACGAGAAAGGAUACAAACCGCUCCAUCCACCCAUAGAUCAUGAGUCUCUGGAACACGAGGACACCCUGACGACUGAGAUCACAGAGGACCAACUGCAGCCCGCCAAAGUGCCGCUCCUCCCCAAGCAGGAUCUCAUCAACAGUAAGAAGAUCCAGGCAAUGCGCAAGGACAAGGAGCGCAAGCGGGCACAGGCCAAACUGCGCUCUAUUGGCCCCAUGGACUACUCCCCACUACCCAUUGACAAGCACGAGCCAGAGUUUGGUCCUUGCAGGAGGAAGCUGGAUGGGAUCAUCCAGGGAAUGAAGGACACAUCCCGUGUCAUGGCCCUGUCCCUGUACCUUCCCAACUGUGACAGGAAGGGCUUCUUCAAACGCAAACAGUGCAAGCCCUCUCGUGGCAGGAAGCGAGGCAUCUGCUGGUGUGUAGACAAGUACGGCUCGCAGGUUCCCGGCACAGACUACAGCGGGGGGGACAUCCAGUGCAAGGACCUAGAGAGCAGCAGCAUCAACGAGUGAAUAGGCGGCUCCGCCCCCACCCCGAUCACCUGACCCAGGGCCUCACCUCCUCCUUUCCCUCCCACCUGUCUGCUUCGCCCUCCAGUCACUUUUUGAGAUUUUCAAGACGAAAAAAAAAGACAACUAAACAAAUCAAAUGAAUGAACGAAAGGACAGGCUUGAAAAAAGGACACCUGAAA